CUAUACAUGUUCUUUGUGUACCCACCCCACUGAGGGACAGGGCAAGAAGCGAGAGGGGUAACCUGAACAAAAAAGUACGCGUCUACCACUGUACGCUUUACAUCAAGAGGUGCCUACAUAUGUACUUCGUAGUUAGGUACUGUUUUUAAUGAACUGGAGCACAAAUCGGAAACAAAUGUACGUAAUUAUCACCAGCCACUGCCGUUCACGGUAACAGGUAGGUACCUGGCUAGUAGCUAGGUCCGAUCCAGGUGGUUCCAUGUGACAGCCCGGCAGAGCCCUGGAACCACUGACGUGGGGAAGCUGUAUCACAAUCCGAAACUAUGACAUCAUCAACAACCGGGUAGCUUUGACAGCUCUUGCCAUGUCUUGGUCUUGCGCAAACGCCUCCAUCGUCACUUCGAUCUAGAGCUUUCUUUGGUCGACUAGUAUUUUCUCGCCUGUUGGGUCGAGAUCGAGAAUCCUUAUAUAAGAGCUGGCUUUUUCCCAUAGUCUACACCAUUCCUUUCUUCACUCAUCAUCACGAACAACCACAACAACAAACGAACCAUCCAUCUACCUAAGAUACCAAUCCAACACUAGACACCUUGAACAAGUUAUCCUUAAUCAAAUCAAUCAAUCAAUUCAACUUCACCACCAUGUCUACCAACGAUAACACCUCUACUCUGAAGUCCGCCAUCGACGAUGUGACCGGCGCAGUUCAGAACGCCAUUGGUAGCAUCACGGGCUCUACUGCCGACCAGGCGAAGGGUGAGGCCAAGCAGCACAAGGCUGACGCCGAGUACGAUGCUUCACACGCCACAGUCAAGAUCCCCGGCCUGACAGCCUCAUCUUCCGGCGCCGUCGCCAAGGAUGACUCCGACCGCGGUGCUGGCAAGUACAACCAGACAAUGGGCUCGGCCAAGGAGACUAUCGGUGGAUUAGUCGGCUCAGAGAAUCUCAAGGCUGCGGGCCGCCAGCAGAACCAGGAGGGUCAGGCACAGGAGGCCAAGGGCCAGGUCAAUGACUACGUCUCCGGCGUGGGUGACCGCGUUGCUGGAACCGUCGGCGGCGCCUUUGCUGGUAUUACAGGCAACAAGGAGGCGCAGGCGGAAUACCAGAACCAGCACGACACGGGCAAGACGCAGCAGCGUGGAGCCGAGCACGACAUACAGAAGAAGGCGGAUGCUGAAUACGAUGCUUCUCAGCGACCUGUUUAAAUUCGGGAUUCGUGUGAGGAAGAUGGGUACUCUUGCCAUGGACUCAACGAGGUGCUGAGCGCGCUGAUAUGAUACCCCCUGAGUGUGAGAUAUGAGAUAUGAAUGAGAAUGGCAAGAAGGAUUCCUAAGAAAGCGGAGGAAUAAAUCAGUGUACUGAGUGUACUAGCUUGUAUGAAUACACUGAUAUGAAGAAAAAAGUUCACUUUUCCUGACUUGAUAAUUUUCAUUUCUCUGAAACUUAUCAGCUCGUAGCCUCAUCGGACCACAUAAGUUCCAUGCAUAGCGGCUUAUCCAGCCCAUGUUUUUCUUCUCUCUGAGUUCUAUGCAUUGUAGAUGACAGGGGAAGGAACUCGGGGAGAAUGCCACCAUCACUUAGAAAUUCGAAAUUAAUAGGACAACUGCCUGCUAAGUAAAUCGGAUGACUAUUUCUUUAGGAGGUAUGCUCGACUUCCAUGGUAGAAUGAUACUUUGUUGUGACGAUCCCAGCCAUAUUGGAAGCGUGUUAUGGCGAUAACCUUGGAUUUCAGAUGUUACGUUAACUCGUAGGGUCUGAAUUGUGUAUUAGCUCUCUC